UCUGCCCUGAUUUCAUGUGAAAAUUCAACAAUCAAAAUUAAAUUUUCCAAGUGUUUCCCCAUCCUCAGGUUUUUUCUUUGGCAAAACUAAAGCGCACACAAUCGAACAAAAAAAAUACAAUUAGGAAUCACAGAUGCCGUCAAAGAAGAAUGGAAAGACGCGUCGUAAACUCUCGAAUCCAUACACGCGCUACUUCGAUGCCCAGAAGAGCCUCCCCGUGGACCGCAGUCGAUCGCGGCCGCUCGUCUACCCUCGCGAGAGCGUCUACGUCCUGUCUAAUGAGCGACGGCACCUGCACCUGCAGCAGCAGCAGCAGCAGCAGGAGCAGCAGCCCCAGCAAAAGCACUUUAGGCAGAUCAAGCUCGUGCCCGACUGCAGACCGCAGGCGAAGGGCAGACCCGCCUGGCGUCCACGCAACGAUGUGGAUCACUUCAUGGUCGUCACCGAGGACCAUACACAGGGCGACCAACAGCAGCAGCUGAGCGUUGGCCUCCCCCAGCUGGACGCCAUCUGCUACGAUGUGAUGCAGGAGCCGCUGCCCCCCAUCCACAUGGAGGGCACCGACAUAGUGCCCACCAUUCGGGGCACACGGCUCAGCAUUUGUGCGGAGCACACGCACUUCCCACUGGUGUCGCGAAUCGCGAAGAGCAUGGGCUUCCAGCAGGUGCCCGAGCAUCGUCUGUGGAACGUUCAGUGGACAGACUGCACGCCCCAUCAUGAUCUGCUGCGGAGCAUGAAACGCUUCCAGCAGAUCAAUCACUUCCCCGGCAUGAUGGAGAUCUGUCGCAAGGAUCUGCUCUCCAGGAAUCUCAAUCGCAUGCUGAAGAUAUACCCUGGCGACUAUCGCAUCUUUCCCAAGACCUGGCUGAUGCCCACAGAUGCCUACGAUGUGGCCACCUAUGCCAGCAAGCACAAGCGCACCUUCAUCCUCAAGCCGUACUCCUCCGGACGGGGACGCGGCAUUUGGAUAACACCCGAUCUGCGGACCGUCAGCAAGCGGGAGAAGCUCAUCUGCCAGACGUACAUCGAGCGGCCGCUGCUCAUCGAUGGCUUCAAGUUUGAUCUGCGCGUUUAUACGCUGAUCACCUCCGUCGAUCCGCUGCGCAUUUUCGUGUACAACGAGGGCCUGGCCCGUUUCGCCACCCACAAGUACGUGGCGCCCACGCUGGGCAACAGCCACAACGUGUACAUGCACCUGACCAACUACAGCCUCAAUCGGCGCAACUCGAACUACGAUGUGGGCGCGGGCGCGGAGGGGGGCUCCAAGCGGAAGCUGAGCGCGUACAACAAGUGGCUGGUGGAGCACAACUACGAUGUGCCCGAGUUCUGGGCCUCCGUGGACGAUGCCAUCAUCAAGACGAUCAUCAGUGCGUGGCCAGUGCUGAAGCACAACUAUCACGUGUGCUUUCCGCGGCACGACAAGAUCCAGGGCUGCUUCCAGCUGCUCGGCUUCGACAUUCUGGUCGACUGGAAGCUGAAGCCCUUCAUACUGGAGGUGAACCACACGCCCAGUCUGAGUGCGGACGAGGUGGUGGACAAGGACGUGAAGCGAGCGCUCAUUCGGGACACACUCAAUCUGCUCACCACGGCGCUGGUGGACAAGGAGCAGAUCAUACGCGACGAUCGCAUCGAGCACCGGACCCGGCUGCUGCGCAAGGUGUACAGCAAGAAGAGGGGCUCGCCCCAGACGCCCCAGAGUAGUCCGUUCCCUAGCCCCGGCCGGGAGCAGGGCGGCAGCGAGAUGCGAAUGGGACAGGCCUGCUCCAUCGGUGCCCUGGCCCAGCAGAUCGCCUGGGAGGAGAGCCACCUGGGCAACUAUCGGCGCAUCAUGCCGCCGACGGACUCGGAGAAGGUCAACUACUACUGCAAGUUCUACGACCAGACCAAGCACCAGACACUGUUCGCCAACACGGAGUCGAGCCGGCGGCGGGAGCAGCUCGCCCACACGGCCAUGGAGAAGCACUACAGGGAGCAGCAGCAGCAGGAGGUGCUCAAGCAGCAGCGCACACAGAACCGCCAGCGGUGGCCCGGCGAGCAGCAGGAUCCUUUGCAGUCCGUCAGCCCCGUUGUGCUGCAGUCGAAGCGCCGCAAGGAAGAGGCCGAGGCACAGCGGCGCAAGCAUCGUGCCAUCAUCGCGCGGGAGAUCUACCGCCAAAGGGAGCUGCUGCUGGCCCCCACCUGUGCCAAGGAGCACCUGGGCAUCUGGCAGUCGCUCCAGAAGAGCCCCAAAGUGGAGGAGGGGCCCAGGGUUCGGGUCGCCCGGUGCACCAGUGGCGUCACCAGGCCCCAUCGCCGCAAGCAACAGCGGCACGUCUGCCAUCGGGUGCGCCAUCAGCGGAUGCUCGAGCGCGAGGCACUGUCGGAUACGCGGUUCGUGGAGCAGCAUGCCAUCAAGCAGACGCCGCCGCGCCUCCAAGGCGGCACGUCCAAGCGGUGGUCCCAGAAAAAAAAGCCAAAGUCCCGAAAGAGCAGCCACACGCUCACUGAAGUCCAAUCCCUGGACCCUCGGUCGAUGGCCAAUUGGGCACCGGUCGCCAUCAGUGCUGACGAGCAGAAGGAGCACAGCACCUGGCUGAUGGAACGCACCACGCAACUGAAUGGCUCCAAUCUCCGGGAAAUGAUCUUCUCGAAGAUGUAUCAGCAGGGACAUCUGACGAAGAACGACAUCAAAUGCUUCCCGGAUCUGCUGUACAGCCUGCUCAGCUCUGGUGUGCCCAGCACCGACUCUCCCGAUGGCGACUUCUGAGCGAAAACUUCUUCUUCAGGCACUUCUUUCUCUUUUUUUUUUUUAGUGUAACAAAUCAGUUUGGUAUCCAGGAACUCGAAAUAAAUUCCACGUGUGUAGACUGCA